CAGAUCCCCACCUGGGGUGACGGGCCACCCCCACUCACCGGGGUCGCAGCGAGUCUUAGUACCUACAGCGGGAUGGAGAGGGCGUUCUUGGACGAACUGGCGAAACUGCUCGGUGCUACAACGCAACUCCGCUUCUGUCGGCGUAACACAGCGAACGCGUUAGCGUCUACGCACCUCAUAUGCCCCACCCCCACCGGUGACAAAUACACUGGGGCAUUGAAAUGGGGCUUACCGGCGGUCAAGGCGACCUGGCUGCUUGAAUGCGCUAGAACUGGGAAGAGAGUGAGCGAGAGGGAAUAUUUAGUUGGUGACACUAAAGCUCCUCCUAGCCCACAGAAGACCAUAGAGCAAAUGCCGCCAGAAUCCAAAGACGAAACAAAUUCCACCACAGACAAAGAGAACGACAUGCGGCCGCCUCCGACCGCGGCUGUGCCGCGUAGAGGCUCCAUACCAAGUCGAGAGCAAACUCCGAAGGGUAAGAAUAUGGACAAAGAGAAUGACAUGCGGCCGCCUCCGACCGCUCCGAACUCCGAAGGGGAAGAAUAUGGAUAA